CUUUGUGUCCCUUGCUUGUCUCAUUUCUGCAGGCGUCUCCGGCACACUCCACGUUCGUCCCGCGGGCCGGGACAGGAUAGCCAUUUCUUCUUCUGCAGGUGGGAAACAUAUGCAGAGCUCCAGCAGGUGUUACGGGAGCUGAGCAUGAAAAAUAUCAUCUACAAUAUGGAACCCCAAAGCCCCAAUGAAAAGUUGUUCAACAUAGCGGAUAAAGAAAACAUUCAACACAGCUGUCAAGUCUCCCACCCAAUCGCCCUGCUCCACUCUUCCCUCUGGACUCAAGAAAGCUUGGCAAGUGAGGACCUGGUUCCAACGUCAAAUCUGAUGCAGUCGCCAACAAUCCUCGUUCUCCUGAUCACUACAGUUCUGAGUCAUCAGCCAGCGCCACCUCCCGCGAAGUCCCGGCAUUUCCCCUGGAACUACACCUGGGUGGUGCUGUCUGAAAGAGGAGACGUUGUUUGGUCCCGCUCUCAAACAUCACCAGACAUCUGGUGGCCAAACGUUCUACAGCCUGAUCUCUGCAAGCUAGCCCUCGGUGCAGGAGCCCCUUGGGGAGUAGAACAUCUCUUCGAGCAGAGUGAAGCGCCUUUUAUCCCUCGUGCAGGUCCUCUGCCCCGGCGGCGCCAAACAAGACCCAGUCACCCUUCUACAACUCCUCGUCGGUGCCACCUAAGGUCCAAUUAUCUCCUGACCCACCCCUUACAGCUACUUGUAAAAAUUGAGCCUGUAAACAAUAAACUGUGCCAGCGUGAUCAGACAUCCUGUAUGGCUGGAAACAACGCCCUCCUGGAGGAUUACAAACCUGUGGCGAAAACGGACAAGCAUGAGAGGCUACCUUCUGUGCACUUGAAUGCAGAAGUCCCUCAACGCACAGCACAUCACACCGAGAACAUAACUGCACGCUAUACACAUGAACCACGGUUCUCAGAGUGA